GUGUAUGUGCAGGUUAACAAAGCAGCAGAAGAUGAAAGCACAAAGAAGUUGGCUAAGGAGUUCUUUAGGAGGAUGGAGGAACAUGAUGAGGAGACGUUGUCACUGUGGAAGGAAUUUAGAGACUUCAGUAUUGAGGAAUACGUCCGGAUUUAUGAGCGUCUGGGAGUGCACUUUGAUGAAUAUUCUGGAGAGUCGUUUUACCAAGAGAAGGCUCAGGAAGUUCUGAAGAUGUUGGAAGAUCAAGGACUCCUUCAGAAAACAAUAAAAGGGACAGGAGUUGUGGAUCUGUCAGAAAACAAAGACCUCUCAUCGUUUUCCACCGUCAUGCGCAGUGAUGGGACCUCUCUUUAUAUAACCAGAGACAUUGCAGCUGCUAUCGACCGAAUGACUAAGCACAGCUUUGAUACAAUGAUUUAUGUGACAGAUAAAAGUCAGAGCAAUCACUUUCAGCAUUUGUUCCAAAUCCUGAAGCUCAUGGGUUAUGCCUGGGCAGAAAGGUAUGUGUUUAUCAACCUGAAUUAU